AUGUCCUCUUCCCUCACAGAAGGAGGAGCCCGCACAGGAAAUCAAGACCUUGCUUUGGCCAGCCACAGCCUAGAAGGUGUUACUGAUAACCCUCCUACAGAAGGUUCUGUACAUGCUCAGUAUAUUGCUUAUGCCCUGAUUCCUGUCUUCUUCCUCAUUGGACUCCUGGGAGUUCUCAUCUGCCAUAUACUAAAGAAAAAAGGGUAUCGCUGUACGACAGAAGCUGAACAAGAAGAGGAGAAACUUGAAAAGAUAGAAUUGAAUGAAAGCACAAAUGAUAAUGGUGACACUGUGGGACAAAUUGUCAACUACAUUAUGAAAAAUGAAGCAAAUGCUGAUGUAUUGACGGCCAUGGUGGCAGAUAACUCUGUGAAUGACCCAGAAAGCCCCAUGACGCCAGGCAGCCCAACCAGUCCAGGUUCUCCUUUGUCGCCCGGAGGUCCGCUGUCAAAGCACAACUGCCGUGGCCCCCACUUGCACACCGUUGGUGGCAUCGCAGGGAAGGGUGUCUGCACUCGCUGCAGCCACAAAAGAUGGCAGCUGUUCAGUCCGGCUAAAAAGUCUAAAGAAGCAAGAAGAGCCCGGCACGGAGAAGUCACAGUUCUGUCUGUGGGAAGAUUUAGAGUCACAAAAGUGGAACACAAAUCUUCAAAGGAACGUAAGAACUUGAUGUCGGUUAGUAGCACAGAUGGUGUCAAAGGUGAAAUGCCAGCUACUCCAGUCAGAGGAGGCUCUAAAGAGGAACCUGCUACACCUGUCGCCAAACAGGAUUCGCAAGAACUUCACAGCACCCCUGCCAAGCAAGAAGCAAGGGAGAGAUCUGGCACAUAA